UUUUUUCCUUAAGCAGAGUCCUCCUUAUCAUCAUCAUCAUCAUCCUCCUCCCCAAUCCCCUUGGACUAAGCUUGAUGGAAAAGAUAAAGAGUCUGGCAUCAGAAAAAGGGGUGGUGAUCUUCAGUAAGAGUAGCUGUUGUAUGUGUUAUUCAGUUGCUGUCCUGUUUAAUGACCUUGGAGUGAGGCCUGCAGUCCACGAGAUAGACCAUGACCCUGAAGGAAGGGAGAUGGAGAGGGCCCUGGUGAAGCUCGGUUGCAGUGGGGCCGUGCCAGCAGUUUUCAUAGACGGAAAGUUUGUGGGCUCGACUCAGGAAAUCUUGUCCCUUCAUCUCAGUGGCUCUCUCAUGCCACUAUUGAAGCUAUAUGUUUGAAUUUUAACUAGCAAAUAAUUAUUAGGGGACUGAGAAUAAGCUUUAUAUAUAUCUAUAUAUGUAUGUAUUAUCAGACUCUCCACUUCUUCUUAUGCUUAGUGUUUAUUACCACCAUCACCACCCUGAUUAAGACAAAAGAAUCUGUGUCUUAUUAUUGCCUAUGUGUUAAUGAAAUCAGGUUUAUUAUAUAAUAUACUAUGGUUGGUUACCUUGUA